AGAAAUAGCAUUGGUGACUUGGGAUAUUGUGUAUUAUCCCAAAGGCGGAGAAAAUGGAACCAUCAGGAGAUGUAGUGGCCGUACACCCGGGAAUAGAAGGAAUAUCGUACUUGCUGGGGAGGUGGAGAGGCCAAGGAGAGGGUGGCUUUCCCACCAUCAAUUCCUUCGCUUACGGCGAAGAGCUCCAUUUCUCCCACCAUUCUAGCAAGCCCGUCAUCGCUUACACCCAGAAGACUUGGAAGCUCGCCUCCGGGGAGCCAAUGCACGCCGAGAGCGGAUACUGGCGCCCCAGACCCGAUGGUUCCAUCGAAGUUGUCAUUGCUCAAAGCACUGGCCUUGUUGAAGUCUUGAAAGGGACACAUAAUGCAGAAGAGAAAGUCAUAAAGCUUCAAAGUGCAAUUGUGGGCAAUGCUUCCAAGGUGAAAGAAAUAACCCGGGAUUUUCAGUUAAUUGGUGGAGAUCUAUCUUAUGUGGUUCAGAUGGCUACAAAUUCUACUAGUCUUCAACCACACUUGAGAGCCUUACUCAAGAAACAAUGACUCAGUCAUGUUCGAAAAAGGCAAGAGUGUAUGUAUAAACAUCAAAAAUCAAAUCCUAUAUGACAACCUCUGCUGUUCUUUGAUGCAGUUACACCUUUCUUAAACUUCCACUGAUGGAUUAAUAAUGUUUGUCCUGAUCAAAGCUUGUGUUAACCCAGAAUUUGUCAGAAUAUGAUUUGGUUACUCACAAUGUAAAUUUACAUCAAUAUUUCCACAAGACUAUUGUGCAGGAGUUAUUUCAUAUGUUUUUGAAUAUU